UGUUCAUGCAAAUUUCAAACUGGAAAAGCAAUUAAAACACAUUCCUUUCUAAUGUAAUCUCUGGGAAAAAGAGGCGAGAGAAGGGAAUGGGGGGCGAGAGAGAAGAGGGGGCUUGUUUCUGAGAGUUCUAUUUCAACAGCUCCACAGGCAACAGUUUGAGAGAAAUGCUUUGAGAAACCUACAUUUCAUUCUACAGCUUAAAAGAGUUUUGGAAACUCUUCAGUUUGCAAGAUUUUUUUUUACCGCAUUUGGAAGGGAUAUGUUGAGAGCAGACUGACAGAAAUUCAACAAUGAUAGCCUGAGAGAGCUUUGUGCCAAGAUUCGUCCCUGUAAGAAAGUUCACUUUUUGUAACAUCAUUCCAAAAAGACAUUGUCAAAACAAAAGUUUUGAACAACUCGGUCAGAAACUGCGCAAGUCGACAAAGUGUUCGAAAAAAUCUUGCGAGAAAGUUUUUUGUUUAAAUAAGCGUUUGGAAAAAUCCUUGCGGGAAUGCUUCUAGGGAACUGUCUGAGAGGUUGUUUCGCGAAACAAAAUCGCCAUAUGUUUGAAAGGAAGUUUGCAAAUUUGUUUGAAAAUAAAAGUUUGAAGAAACUCCAGGGGGAAAAAGAACCAGUUUUUGCAACUUUCUAGAAUAAAGUUUUCACAUUUGUCAAAACCAAGUUUGCAACGUCUGAAGAAAGAUCUAAGGUUUGGUAAACAGUUUGGCCGCUGCUUUCAAUCUUUUGAGAUCGGGGGGCGUCGCAUGUUUGAGUCCAGACGCUCGGUGGUUGUGUGAAGACUGUGGCGGAGCCGCUGCCCCUGUGUGACGGGCCCCAAACCCGGAGGAGAGAAUGGAGACCAGGAGGCUCUGGGCUGCCUGAAGCUGGUCACUCACUGCCUCUUCAAGAGGCUGAGAGACGAGCAGCUGGAAAUGCUGGCGCGGUCGCUGGAAGCCCGGGGCGCCGAAGAUCGCACCGACUGCGUCUCCUUCCCCCGGAUCGAGCUGCGGCUCGGGAAGCAGCGUUACUGGCCCCAGGUGCUGACCUGUAAGCUCUUCCGCUGGCCCGACCUGAGACACCUCUCGCAGCUCAAGCGGCUGUGUAUCUGUGGGCGUUGCGGCCGCUCGCCCGCGGACAGUAUCACGGUCUGCUGUGAUCCGUACCACUUCAGCAGGCUGUGUGAACCAGAAACUCCUCCACCUCCAUACUCUAGACUGUCGCCAAGCAACCACUGGAAGACCAUCGACGAGCCGACAGAACAUGACACCGCACGCCAACUCAGGAGAAAUGAACCUUCCAACAGUCAGAAUCAGGACUGGCCUGACUCCAGCGCGUUGCCUUCAGUGACCAGGGACGAGCACUGGUGUAGCGUGGCCUACUGGGAGUACCGGACCAGGGUAGGCCGGCUCUACACCGUCUGCGAGCCCUCCGUUAGCAUCUUCUGCGAUCUGCCGCGUGGCACUGGUUUCUGCCUGGCUCAUCUCCACGCCGAUGGCCGUCACGAGAUGGUGAGGCGCACGCGGGGCAAGAUAGGUGGCGGGAUCCUGCUGAGCAAGGAGGGUGACGGGGUCUGGGCCUACAACCGCAGCGAGCACCCGGUUUUUGCCAGCUCGCCGACGCUGGUGAGAGGCCACGCCCGGGGCCUGACUGUGCACAAGGUGCUGCCAGGGUACUCCCUCAAGGUGUUCGACUACCAGCGGGCCCAGGCCCUGCAGCGGGCAAUGGGCCCUGAGCUCCCCGAUGGCCCCUUCGACCCCCACAGCGUCCGCAUCAGCUUCGCCAAAGGCUGGGGGCCUUCCUACUCCAGGCAGUUCAUCACAUCCUGUCCGUGCUGGCUGGAAAUACUGCUCAAUAACUGCUAAUCUCUCAGCACCCCCACCCCACACACACACUCACACACACUCUCUCACACACCCACACACACUCACACACACACUCUCACUCUCACACACCCACACACUCUCACACACCCACACACCCUCACACACUCACACACACACACACAUACACUCUCACACACCCACACACUCUCACACAACCACACUCUCUCACACCCACACAUGCACUCACACACACUCUCUCACACACACUCACUCACUCACUCUCUCUCUGUGUCACACACACACUCUCACACACUCUCUCACACACUCUCUCACACACUCUCUCACACACUCUCUCACACACUCUCCCACACACACUCCCACACACACUCCCACACACACUCCCACACACACUCUCACACACACAUUUUCACACACAUACCCACACACACACACUCUCACACACACACACACACACACACACACUCUCACACACACACACACACACCCACACACUCUCUCACACAAACACACACUCUCUCUCUCUCUCUCUCUCUCUCUCACACACACAGACGCACACACACUGGAAGUGAUAUGUGUUGACCAGCAGGUAUCCCUCACUGCAAACUAGAGGGAUACGCCCACGCCCUGCACCUGAUCUUCCAAACCAUCCGGGAGCCUGGGAAUCCUCUAGAUCCCAGUGAAUCAGUAGGAGGGGGGGCCCUUCUCUCCUCCAGUACAAAUCCCUCCAAUCGCCGAACAUUAGGUAUUUUUGCACAGGUUCCGAUGGAAUACUCCAACAAAGCAUCUCUCUCUUUCUGUGAACUCGAGAAUCAGAGACCCCUUGAGUUCGCUUCUCACACUGAGCUGGGGAUCUGACCAGUUUAGUCCACAGGCUGACCUUUGACUCUGUUCACGAAUCCAAAAUCCAGAUAACAAGGUCGGAGGGAGCCGAGUGCAACGAUCUGAGCUCUCCC